AUGCACACGACCGCGCCACUUGCGCUGCAGGAGCAUCCCAAGGCCGGCCAGAACGAGUUUGACCUCUCAUACUUUGCGUUCCAGCAGCUGGCGCACCUGAUGUACGGCAUCAUGAUGGUGGACUACCGCGCCGUUGACUGCGACACCAAGAAGCCCAUCCGUCUGGAGCCUGGGUACAUAAGCGAUGUCCUGUACUCGGAUAUGCCGGGAGUCGGGUGGGCCUGGUUCCCCACCGGCCAGAUCGGCAACAACUUCCAGGUCGUGGCCAAGGGCAAGGGCCGCGGCGGCAUGACGUGGGCCUGCCGCGGCUGCGGCACCAGCGAGGGCUACCAACCCUUCGCCGGCGUUAAGGCCGUCGAGUUUUGGAUCCGCGACCGCUCGAGCCCUGGCACCGUGCCGAACGUCAAGGUGAUGAUCGGCAACCCAAACCUGAACAAAUGGUGCAACAAUGAGAAAGGGCUGCGCGGGCUGCCGGCGGCCGCGACAGAGGGCGAGUGGCAAAAGUUUGACAUCGCCAUGUCUGCUUUCAACUGCCCAGACCAGGCGGCGGCGAGCCAGAUUGGGUUCCAGCCAAACGAGCAGGUCAACUUCUGCAUCGACGACCUGCAGCUGGUGCGCUGA